AUGGAGAAGAGUUAUAAUGACAAGGGGGAGGAUCUUGAUCUAGCCAGUUUGGUAGAGAUUGUAUUCUCUUGGACUUUCAAUGAUGUGCUCAAUGAAAACCUCUGCAAACACAAGGUGAGAAAGAUCCCAGAGACAUUCUUGUCAACAACAUAUUACAUGAACUCCUUCAUUCCUCCACUGAUUGAGGAAAUUCACAGUGAACUUUCUUCAAGCUUGACAGGCGUGUCUCGAGCUCCCUUUUGUGAAAUAUUGACAGUUGAAAGGUCCAGAAACUUCAUAAUUACCAAGGGCAUGUUCUAUAAAAUUUCAGUGAAGAGAACUAAUAAUGAUGACAAAGAUAUUGGAAAAUAUGAACCUGCGGUUGGAGAUCUCAUUGCCUUCACUGAUAUUAAACCAAAAACCAAAUAUGACUUGAACAGGCCCAGAAGAUACUACCAUAUUGCUUAUGUUCAUAAGUCAAAAGAAAGUACUGAUGAGAUCUCUAUACUGUCAUCCAAAAGCAUGGAUAUGGAGAUUUUAUCUAACUUUAAGAGCAACAAUGCACCAAAGCUUUAUGCUGUCUAUCUUUUGAACCUGACAACAAAUGUUCGUAUUUGGAAAGCCUUGAAUUCAGAGCUGGAGGGUGCAAACAUGAGCAUGAUUAAAAAAGUGCUGCAAGCUGAUUCAGAUAAUGUAGAACAUUGUCAACUGUGCUUUUCUGAAGAAAACCAUAGUGUAGCUUGUUCUAGUGUAGAAAACAUAAUCCAGUCUCAGAAUUUGAAUGAAUCACAGAAAGAUGCAGUUUUAAGCUGUGUUACUAUGAAGGAGUGUCAUCAUAAUAAGACUAUUAAACUUAUUUGGGGCCCACCAGGGACUGGCAAAACGAAGACAGUGGCUUCCUUGUUAUUUUCCCUGCUCAAGUUGAAAACCAGAACAUUAACAUGUGCUCCAACUAAUACUGCAGUGUUGGAAGUGGCUGCUCGCCUGCAGAAUCUAGUUAAGAAGUCUCUUGAGUAUGAUACAUAUGGCUUUGGUGACAUAGUGGUAUUUGGCAAUAGAUCUAGAAUUAAAGUAGACUGUUAUCCAGGACUCCAGGAUGUCUUUCUUGAUUAUCGUGUAGAUAAUCUUGUUAAGUGUUUUGCUCAAUCAACUGGAUGGAAAUAUUAUUUGGAAUCAAUGAUCAAGUUGCUUGAGGACCCCAAAGAGCAAUAUGGUUUGUAUGAGCAAGAAGAAGAUGAUCUUAUGUCAUUACUAGAAUUUGCUAAGCACAAAUACAGUUCAUACAAGCAACAUGAGAAGAAUGAUGAUCCUUUGACAUUAGCUCAAUUUUUUAAGAAGGAACUUACUUACAUCAAAGAGCAAUAUCGUUCGUAUAAGGAUGAUAAAAAGAAUAAUGUCAUGACACUGGAGCAAUUUUUUAAGCUGAGAUUCAGUUUUAUUGCAGAGAAACUCAAGGUAUACAUGCGAACUUUGUAUACACAUCUACCAACUUCUUUGAUUCCAUUUGAGGUGGUGAAAAAAAUGUCUGUAGCUCUUGAUUUGCUAAAAUCUCUUGAAACCUCCAUAAGUAAAGCCAAGUUGAAGCAAACUCACAAUGAAUAUGAAGAUGGAGAAAGCAUUCUUGAAUGCCUUGAAAGGCUAAGCAUCAAAAGAGAAGAGUGCCUUCUUAUACUAAGAUCACUUUCUCAGACAAUUUCACUUCCAAAAAUUACUGACAAAUAUGAAAUAGCAAAACUUUGCUUGAUGAAUGCAUGCCUGGUUUUCUGUACUGCAGCAAGUUCUACUAAACUGUUUGCAGAAGGAAUGACACCAGUAAAAUUCUUAGUUAUUGAUGAAGCAGCCCAGCUAAAAGAAUGUGAAUCAGCCAUUCCAUUGCAGCUCCCAGGCCUCCAGCAUGCUAUCCUCAUAGGUGAUGAGAGACAACUUCCUGCUGUAGUUAAAAGCAAGGCUUCUGAAGAGGCUGAAUAUGGAAGAAGUUUGUUUGAGAGGCUGGUAAUGUUGGGAUACAAGAAGCAUCUGCUUAAUGUUCAGUACAGAAUGCAUCCAUCCAUCAGCUUAUUCCCAAAUAAGGAGUUCUACGAGGAGCAGCUUUCUGAUGCCCUCAUUGUUAGAGAAAUGAACUAUAAUAGGCGUUUCCUUGAAGGGAAAAUGUAUGCUUCAUAUUCUUUUAUAAACAUAGCUAAGGGCAAAGAGCAAUCUGGUCGUGGACACAGUUUGAAGAACAUGGUUGAGGUUGCUGCCAUCUCCGAGAUUAUUGGAAGCCUUAAAAAUGAAUUUUUGAGGACAAGGAAGAAAGUUAGCAUAGGAAUCAUAUCUCCAUACAAUGCACAGGUGUAUGAAAUACAGGAAAAAAUUAAGCAGUACAAUUUGGAUUCUGAUCCUGACUUCUCUGUUAGUGUUCGUUCUGUUGAUGGCUUUCAAGGUGGUGAAGAAGAUAUAAUAGUAAUCUCCACUGUGAGAUCUAAUGAGAAUGCAAAAAUAGGUUUUCUUUCCAAUAGGCAAAGAGCAAAUGUGGCACUGACUCGGGCUAGAUAUUGCCUUUGGAUAUUAGGAAACGCAACAACUCUAAUAUGUAGUGACUCUAUAUGGAGAAAACUAGUACUUGAUGCUAAGGAGAGAGGGUGUUUCCAUAAUGCCGAUGAUGACAAGAAACUGGCUGAGGCCAUUGAGGAUACCUUGCUUGAGAUUGAACUACUUGACGGACCUGAGUCACCAUUUAGGAAACUAAGUCUAAGGGACAAGUCAGUAACAACUGCUACCACCUCCAGAGGUUCUUUCAGGGGCAGGCCAUGGAAACAAAGGUGGUGAGGGAUGGGGCGGUGUGUUACCUAAAGCAGGUUAAGUGUACAUUGCCUGGUUAUAUGGAUUGCACCCGUGAACAUUGCCCGAAGAUGGUGUAAGAAGUUUUGUUUUUUGAGAUUAUGUUAGAUCUUGAUGUCAAAUCCUUGGCUUCGUUACAGUUUGCUGCCACAACGCAAAAUCUCAAUAUCUGCACUGUUAUAGAGUGAAGACUGAAGAAAGGCGACAAGGUGUUGCAAUUCCAUGGACAUGCAAUCCACGAGCAAUUAUAUUAUAAAUUUGUGCACAAGAUUCAAAAUAAAGCUACCGUAAUGUUAGUGAUUCUCAAAUCAAAUAAUUCUAAACUACAGCAUAUUAUAUACGAAUAACAUAUUAAAGCAGUCUUCUUCCCAUAUGAUCAAAUUUCAUGGUAUCAUUACAUUCAAUUAUCUGGCUGUAGAAA